CAUGGUCCCUCCCGAGGGUCUCUAAUAGCAGAGCCCGGGUGGAGUCAGAGCUGGGCAUUACAAGUUCUUCUUCUGUCUAUCGUGCCGUCACAGCCGGGUUCUCCAGAUGUGGCUGGCUGGCCCACUUCACGAAGUGGGCAUGCUUCUGUACUCUGGAGGGUGUCAGGAGUGCAGGGAUGAGGGGAGGACUGGGCCUCUCUCACACACUUCCGGCUGCCACGUGGGAGUGGUGUUUACAGCACAUAGCGUUCUUCCUUCUUCGGAGUCCUGGGAACUGCUGCCCAGCCCCCAGCCUGAUAGGGCAGCCAAGGUGACAAGGGUGGCCGGAGGAGCAGGUCCAGGUCCGGGGGUUCUUUGUUGCUGUCUUCCUGUCACCUCUUCCUGGAGACCUGAAGUUUCACCUUGUGAAUCCUGCCUAGUCUCAUGGAGGCCUUCAGAUGACUAGGCAGUGCUGGUGUCAGGACUGUACCUGAUUUGAGAAUUGAGGCUGCCACUCCUAGAACCCUUCCUACCCACUCCCAACACUUCUUUAUCUUGGGCAGCCAGAACCUGGGCAGUGUGGCAGGUGGCAGCUGUGAGCCCCUUGUCUACAUUGCCUCAUCCCUGCCAAGUAGGGAGUCUUGGAGGAGGGCAAGAAUCCUCUGGAGAAUCCCUAGGCUCUCCUCUCCCUAGCCACUCUAUCUUUGUCCUGGACCAGUGUCCAUGGGCCCCAGGAGUAUUUGGGGUACUUGAUUUUGGCUGCAGUGGGACAGUCAUGUCUUCUCAGGAGGUGGGUCCACCAUUUUCAGCCUGAUGCCCUUGGGGCUGUGCCCCCUGGGCUGGUGCUUUGCGGGUUUGCCCACCCACCCAGAUCUGGUAAGUAGGUGAAGGUUGAAGCCGGUCAGAGUUGACCCUCUGCUUUUCCACUCUCCUGGGCCACUUGCCAUACCACAUCAUGCUGAGUGACUCAUGGGGACAAGCAAUUGGGAAAUACUGGGCAGAGGGCAGGUCCCAGUCCCAGACGGCUAAUCCUUGGUAUCUGCCAUCCCCAGGGUGGUGGCCUGCCUCCCUCCACCUAGGGACAGGUGGUAAAGUUCCAGUCAUAAGCCAGGUUUCAACAUGGACCCUGAGAACCUUCAGGGUGAGGCAGGUGCCAACAUCAUUGAAGUGUCCAAGGAGGCCCGGAAGCGGUUCCUGGGUCCUCUGCACCCCUCCUUCAACUUGGUGAAGACCAUUCGUGGCUGCCUACUGAAGACCCUGCCCCCUGAUUGCCAUGAACGUGCCAGUGGACGCCUGGGUAUCUCCCUGACCCGUGUUUCAGAUGGAGAGAAUGUCAUCAUAUCACACUUUAGCUCCAAAGAUGAGCUCAUCCAGGCCAAUGUCUGCAGUACUUUCAUCCCUGUAUACUGUGGCCUCAUCCCUCCUACCCUCCAAGGGGUGCGCUACGUGGAUGGCGGCAUUUCAGACAACCUGCCACUCUAUGAGCUGAAGAACACCAUCACGGUGUCCCCGUUCUCUGGGGAGAGUGACAUCUGCCCACAGGACAGCUCCACCAACAUCCAUGAGCUUCGGGUCACCAACACCAGCAUCCAGUUCAAUCUGCGAAACCUUUAUCGCCUCUCCAAGGCCCUCUUCCCUCCAGAGCCCAUGGUGCUUCGAGAGAUGUGCAAGCAGGGUUACAGAGAUGGGCUGCGUUUCCUUAGGAGGAAUGGCCUCCUGAACCAGCCCAAUCCCUUGCUGGCACUGCCCCCAAAUCCCCCCCAGGAAGAGGAUGCAGAGGAAGCGGCUGUGGCGGAGGAGAGGACCCGAGAAGUGGACCAUUUGCAGCCCCAUGGGGAAGAUCAAAUUCUAGAACACCUGCCGGCCAGGCUCAAUGAGGCCUUGCUGGAGGCCUGUGUGGAGCCCAAAGACCUGAUGACCACACUGUCCAACAUGCUGCCAGUGCGCCUGGCAACCGCCAUGAUGGUACCCUAUACUCUGCCACUGGAGAGUGCAGUGUCCUUCACCAUCCGCUUGUUGGAGUGGCUGCCUGAUGUUCCUGAGGAUAUCCGGUGGAUGAAGGAGCAGACAGGUAGCAUCUGCCAGUACCUGGUGAUGCGGGCCAAGAGGAAACUGGGUGACCAUCUGCCCUCCAGACUGUCGGAGCAGGUGGAACUGCGCCGAGCCCAGUCGCUACCUUCUGUGCCCCUAUCUUGCGCCACCUACAGCGAGGCACUGCCCAGCUGGGUACGAAACAACCUCUCCCUGGGAGAUGCGCUGGCCAAAUGGGAGGAAUGUCAACGUCAGCUGCUGCUGGGUCUCUUCUGUACCAAUGUGGCCUUCCCUCCUGAUGCCCUGCGUAUGCAUGCGCCUGCCAGCCCUGCCCCCAAGGACCCUGCAACCCCACAGCAUCCACCUGGCCUGCCACCUUGCUGAGAGCCACGCCCACCUUUCCCAGCUAAGCUCCAAACUGUCCUGCUCUGCUAGUAGGAGCCUUGGGGCUGACCAAGACCCUGUCCCCUGGCUCUCCCCCUUACAAACUGUGGAGUGAGGAGAUAGGGCCCUGCACAGCUGCUGUGAACCCCCUUCAACCAGCCACUCACUUGCUGCUCUGGAUGGGGAGGGGUGAGGAGUAGCCCUCCCCUGGGGCCCACAGAGGUUCCCCUUCACCUUUGCCUUACUCUCCUGUCCAUGCCCACCACUUUCUCAGUGCAGGGUCACUUUUGCAAACUCCACAUCUGCUCCCAGUUUUUCAAGUUUCCUUACAACAUGUGAAAAAUUAUUUAUUUUUUGCCAAAGUAGCUACAAUAAAAGCCACAGCUCAACUUC